UGGUUUGGUUAUCUGGACAAACAGGGUCUGCAAGGGGUUAUCAGAAUGCAUCAUUUUGGUAGAAAUGUGUUAUUAUGAUCGGUUAUCAAAGAUCAGAGGUUAAAUAAGAACCCAGUCAAGCUUCUAAAAUCGCUACUUUAAUUAUUGUUCAUUUUUAGACGUACUUCCGGGUAGCCAUGGCUGUAGCAUUGGAGGAUCUGAAAUUCACUUUACAAGAGGUUCUUGACACUUUUAAGUCAUGCCUCUCUGAACACAAAGAAGUAUUCCUUGAGCAUUACGUAGCAGGGUGGCGUGGUCUCGUAAGAUUCAUGAACUGCCUGGGGAGUGUGUUUUCCUUCAUCUCCAAGGAUGCUGUCAACAAGAUCCAAAUCCUGGUCAACCAUCUGAAUGGUGAGAAUGGAGCCCACUACGUCACCAUCCAGUCUAUGGUCAAGUAUGAACUGGACAGCCAACUGGUCGACCUGACCAAGAGAGGCAGUUUCCCAGAGUCCGGCUGCCGCACCCUCCUGAGGCUGCACCGUGCCCUACGCUGGCUGGAGCUAUUCCUGGAGAGGCUACAAACCAGCACUGAGGACAGCAAUACCUCGGUCAUGUGCUCUGAGGCCUAUAAUGAGUCCCUCGCCCAGCACCAUGCAUGGAUCAUCCGCAAGGCUGCCGGCACAGCGUUCUGGGCUCUGCCAGGUCGUGCUACGUUCUUUGAUGUGAUGAAUGUAGGUAGCCCAGAGCAGGUGAUGGCUGUGCUAGGGGACACCCUGCCUCUCAUCUCUGAGGUAUACCAAGUGACAGAGGACCUCUAUGCCCAGAACAACAUACUGGAGUUGCCCUAGUAGGGAGAAAGUACUGUAGUAGUAGCCUGGUGGUCCUUGAUCUGUUUGUGUCUUACCAACUCCAAUGGAAUUGUUCAUAGGAGUUGGUAAGACUGCAUGAACCGAUCUGUGACCACCAAGCUACUGUAGCUCUAGUGGUCCAACCAGCACAUCAAUGCUGGCAAGCCAUGCUGCUCUGGAUCUUUUCUUGGUGACCAUUUAUGGUGUAUAAGGAGGGGAUUAUUAUUGUAUAUAAUAUGUACAUUAUACAUUAUGAUAUAAGGCAACAUUACCCAUAGGUUUCUUUCUAAAUGUAAUUCUAUGGCUUCCAGUGCUGUUUUUGUUCAACACACGUUUCUGGCAUUACAUUUUCUCCUUAAUGUACUUUAAGUAUGCAUCAUAGUUUAUCUCUCAAAGUAGGUUUUGUAUCAUUACAAAUGCACUAGCAGAUUUAAAGGUUGUGUGCCUGUCUUGUUAAAUCUCAAGAUAGACAUUUUAUUUUUUGAAAUAUAAACCAGUUAUUUUACAGUUUUAAA